GUUGUAGAGAGAGAAAGGAAGAAAACUCUGAAAGCACAAAGGCACAAGCCCAUUUGUGAAUCAAAGCGUUGGAUUUCAAAGCAUCUGACAAUACUAACCCUUAAAGUCAUCCCAUAUAUUUAUACCACAAGAAUUUUAUACCAAGAAAUUCCCUUUUUUUUUCUUUCUCUUUUUCAUUUUCUUUUUGUCUAAUCUCUUUUACAUCAGUCACACGGAGAAUGACAGAGUCAAAUAUAUACUAUAUUCAUUUCAUAUUUGCAUGUGAGUGUAACAAUUUUCAAGAAAAGAAAAGAUUUUUGAUGGGUGGGUUUUUGUGUGUUCAUCAUUCUUCUUUAAUUUCAUUUGUUUCUUUCUAUCUACUUUGUAUUAGUACUACUAGUACUAGUACAACUGCUGUUGGCAAUAAUAAUAAUAUCAAUUCAAGAGAGGCGAGUUAUUUAUUAUCGAUAUUCCUCAAAUCUCACCACACAUCUCAAUCACAGUCUUUUUUACUUUUUGGGGGCAAGAGAGAGAGAGAAUAGAUAAUGCGUUCAGUUGUGAGUAAUAAACUUUGUGGGUGUGUUUAAUUUUCUGUCUUUUCGUCAAUACCAAAAGCAACACCCCCAAUUCCUCUUUUCUCUUUCUAUCUAUCUGCUCUAACCCUAAUUUAGAGAGAGAAGUUAAAAAGAUGAGAUUUUGAUGUGCCCCAAAUGGUGGCUGCUGCUAUUUUUUAGUUUCAUUUUGAUCAUUGGAGGUGUAAUUUAUUUGGAAAGAAGUUAGAAAUUUGAUCUUUGUUGUUGGAAUGGAGCCUGAUAGUAGUGCUGCUGCUGCUGCUACUGCUGCUGGUGGAGGCAGUGGAAGUUCUGAUGUUGAGAAAAAGAAGCUUCCAGAAGGGGGGGAGCCUAAGGUUAAGCGCAAAAUGAAAACAGCUUCUCAGUUAGAGAUUCUUGAGAACACUUAUACUGUUGAAACUUAUCCUUCAGAAGCAUUGAGAGCAGAGUUAUCAGUAAAAUUAGGGCUCUCUGAUAGGCAACUGCAGAUGUGGUUCUGUCAUAGGAGGCUCAAGGACAGGAAAGCUACUACGCCGGUGAAGCGGCAGAAGAAGGAAGCUUCACCUGUAGCAAUGGUUGAUGAAAUGGCAGUGAGUGGUGAAACUGGGAAGAAACAUGCUUCUGGUUCUGGUUCAAGAGUAAGUCCGCUUGGUCUCAUGGACUUGCAGCUGCAACAACAGCACCAUCAACAGCGAGUUGCUCAUCGACCCGGAACUGCAGUUCCUAGGUUUAGAACUGAAAUGCCAGCUUUGAAGAGAUAUUAUGAGCCACCUCAGGCCAUAUCCGAGCUUCGGGCAAUCGCAUUUGUGGAGGCACAGUUGGGGCAGCCGUUAAGGGAAGAUGGGCCUAUCCUAGGAAUGGAGUUUGACCCCUUACCACCCGGUGCAUUUGGUGCACCAAUCGUGGCAGCUAUGCAGCACAAGCCGGUUGGGAGACCUUUUGAAGCCCAAAUCUAUGAGAGACCAGAUGUUAAUUCAAUCAAGGGUACUACAAGGACUUUGCACGAAUACCAGUUUCUUCCAGAACAACCAUCAAUUAGAAGCGAUGCCUAUGAACAAUCUGUACCAUCUCAUUAUCACAGUUCAAUUGAAGUUCAGAGCACCAGAACCAUGUUGUCAACUGGGAGGUCAUUUAUGCAUGGGAGUGAACAAGUGGCCUCUGGAUACAGUAUUCCUGGUCAGAUCCCGACUUUAAAUCUUCUGCCUCAAGGGAAGCAGGGUCACAAAUCUCCAGCUUCUGCAGAGGCUGAUGCUGUUCCCCAAAGAUCUCUUGUGAACAUAGAAGUGGAGGCUCAUUAUGGUGGUCAGCCAAUGAUGGCAUUGGAGAGUCCGUUUAUGCCGAGAGUCAUCCAUGAUGAGGAACGGUUGGAGAGAAAGCGAAAGAGCGAAGAGGCGAGAAUUGCAAGGGAAGUGGAGGCCCAUGAAAAAAGAAUACGGAAAGAGCUUGAGAAGCAAGACAUGUUGCGGAGAAAGAGAGAAGAGCAAUUGAGGAAAGAUAUGGAGAGACAAGACAGGGAAAGGCGGAAAGAGGAAGAAAGACUGCUCCGCGAAAAGCAGCGGGAAGAAGAGAGAUUCCAGCGUGAGCAAAGGCGUGAAAUAGAACGAAGAGAGAAGUUUUUGCAGAAAGAGACUAUAAAAGCAGAGAAAAUGAGGCUUAAAGAAGAAAUGCGCCGAGAGAAAGAGGUUGCAAGGCUUAAAGCAGCUAAUGUAAGGGCUACUGCCCGAAGAAUUGCGAAAGAAUCAACGGAAUUAGUUGAUGAUGAGCGCCUGGAAUUGAUGGAGCUAGCAGCCUCAAAGAAGGGUUUGCCCUCAAUUUUGUCACUAGACAGUGAAAAUCUACAAAACCUUGAAGCAUUUAGAGAUAUGCUCAUUGAAUUUCCACCAAAGAGUGUCUGCUUGAGAAAGCCAUUUGGAGUUGAGCCAUGGAUAUGCUCUGAGGAGGACGUGGGUAAUCUUUUAAUGGUUUGGAGAUUCUUAAUUACUUUUUCUGAUGUUCUUCGUCUCUGGCCAUUCACUCUGGAUGAGUUUGUACAAGCAUUUCAUGAUUUUGAUCCCAGGCUGCUCGCAGAGAUACAUAUUGCUCUUCUCAAAUUGAUAAUAAAAGAUAUUGAAGAUGUUGCUAGAACACCUGCCAGUGCAGUAGGAGCAAACCCAAACAGUGGAGCGAAUCCUGGAGGCGGGCAUCCUGAGAUUGUUGAAGGGGCAUAUGCAUGGGGUUUUGACAUAAGAAGUUGGCAGAGCCACUUGAAUGCCCUGACGUGGCCUGAAAUACUGCGGCAAUUUGCACUGUCUGCUGGUUUUGGGCCGAAGCUAAAAAAACAAAGUGUUGAACCAGCAUAUCCACGUGAUGAAAAUGAGGGUAAUGAUGGAGCAGAUAUCAUUUCCAAUUUACGGAGUGGAGUUGCAGCUGAGAAAGCAGUUGCCAAAUUGCAAGAGAGGGGUUUUUCUAAUCCGCGGAGAUCUAGGCAUCGAUUGACACCUGGAACAGUCAAAUUUGCAGCAUUUCAUAUUCUUUCCCUUGAGGGAAGUAAGGGCCUUAAUAUCCUCGACGUUGCUGAAAAGAUUCAGAAAUCUGGUCUUCGGGAUCUGACAACCAGCAAGACACCUGAAGCGUCUAUUUCUGCUGCAUUAUCGAGAGAUACAAAGCUUUUCGAGAGAACAGCUCCUUCAACAUAUUGUUUACGUGAUCCGUACAGGAAAGAUCCUGCUGAUGCUGAUGCCAUUCUUUCUGCUGCUAGGGAAAAAAUCCGAGUGUUCAAAAAUGAGUGUGUGAAUGGAGAAGAAGCAGAGGAUGUUGAGAAAGAGGUUGAAAGGGAUGAUGAAUCUGAAAGUGAUGCUGCUGAUGAUCCUGAGGUUGAUGAUUUAGUCUCGGAGUUAAAAUUCGCGGAGACUCCUCAAUCCCAUAAAACCGACAGAACUGACGGAAUGAAUUCUACUGAAGAUGUAUCAGAAAUUUUACGUUUUGACUUGACACAAACACCAGGAGAUGUUUGUCUGCAGAAUUCCACCGGAAUAAUGCAUUCAGAAAGUUUUGGAGAGUUAAAACCCAUAGGAACUUCUGGUAGUCAAUCAGCCGCAAUUGGUGCUGAUUCAAGUAGUCUCAAUCAAGAAGAUGUAGUGAUUGAUGAAAGCAACGCUGGUCAGAAAUGGGUUCAAGGGCUUAUAGAAGGGGAGUAUUCUGAUUUAACCGUUGAAGAGCGCCUAGAUGCCCUUGUCGCGUUGAUUGGUGUUGCAAAUGAGGGGAAUUCUAUUCGCCUUGUAUUAGAGGAGCGACUAGAAGCUGCAUCUGCAUUGAAGAAGCAGAUUUGGGCUGAGGCGCAGCUCGAUAAACGUCGUUUCAAAGAGGAGUUUUUACUGAAGGUUCAAUAUCCAUCUGUUAGCAACAACGCUGAACGGUUCUGCUCGGUUACUUCCAGGGAGGCCAGGCAAAGUCCUCUUCUUGCUGUUGAUGGCCACAAUGAUGUAGCAGCCAUACGUUCACUUCAGCAGGAAGCCAUGCAUAAAUUGCCAGAUGAAUCCAAUAAUUCUAGAAAUGUUGCUGUAGAAAAGGCUUGCCCAAUGCAAGAGAUUUAUGGAGGCCAGGAUAAUUCGCAAUUCCAGCAUUUUGCAUAUGUUGCUGAAAAGUCGCGUUCCCAGCUGAAAGCUUAUAUCAGCCAUAGGGCGGAAGAGACAUUUGUUUAUCGGUCUCUGCCCCUUGGUCAAGAUCGCAGACGUAACCGGUACUGGCAGUUUGUCACGUCGCCCUCUCGAAAUGAUCCAGGCUCUGGGAGGAUUUUUGUUGAGCUACGUGAUGGUAGAUGGAGACUAAUUGAUUCUGAAAAGGACUUCAAUGCUUUAAUGGCUUCUUUGGAUGUACGUGGAAUUAGAGAAUCUCAUUUGCAUUCAAUGCUUCAAAAUAUUGAAGCAACUUUCAAGGAAACUUCUAGGAGGUAUAUGUACACUGAAGCUAAAGUUGGAAAUCCCGUCAAAGCGGAUACUUCUGAAACAGUACCUAGCAAUGAUUGUUGUUCAAAAACUGGUAGCCCUAAAAGCACAAUCUGUAUCUCAAACUGCGAAACAUCAGAACCUUCAACUUCCUUUCGUAUUGGGAUUGGGAGGAACAAAAUGGAGAACUCUGAUGCCUUGAGUAGAUAUGCAGAUCUAGAGAAGUGGAUGUGGGAAGAAUGUGUUAAUACCCAGUUUUUAUGUGCAAGGAAGUAUGGAAAGAUGAGAUGUGAAAAGUUGAUCAGUAUUUGUAAUAAUUGCUAUGACACUUACUUCUUGGAAGAAAACCACUGUCGUUGUUGUCAUACGACAUUCAGUCCAGCAAAGAGUUCAUGUUUUAUGGAGCAUGUAGCUCAAUGCAAAGACAAAUUGGAGGCCCUAUUUCGCCCUCUUAUCUCGGACGCAGCACCUCCUCUUCAAAUUAGAUUGCUAAGAGCGCAGUUAGCUUCAAUGGAGGCCUGCAUUCCUCCUGAAGCUCUUGAGCCUGUUUGGUCAGAGGUAUAUCGAAGAUCCUGGGGUUUAAAGUUGCAUAUUGCUUCAGCAGCUGGUGACCUACUUCAGAUUCUGACGUUGUUGGAAGGUGCUAUCAAAAGGGAGUAUUUAAUGUCAGAUUAUGAAACUACAACUGAGUUGUUGGGGGCUGUUAGCACCUCCAAUCUGGAGAGGAUGCCGGUGUUACCUUGGAUUCCUCACACAACACCUGCUGUUGCACUAAGGCUUAUGGAACUUGAUUCCUCCCUCUGUUAUACACAGCAACAGAAAGCUGAUUCUCUAAAAGAUAAAGAAUCUGCAAAUUUCACUACAUUUAAAACAAAUUAUGCUGAUAUGAAGAGAGUUGCGGGGAUUAUAUCUGCUGAAGCUCCUCUUGAAUAUGAAAAUCUAGAACCAGAUUUCUCAGUUACGGUAGGAGGCAGACAUUCUAAUUCAGGACAGGGUCGUAAUCAUGUAAGAGGAGGAGCUCAUGGUCGUGUCCAUGGAGGCAGAUCUCAGAGGAAACUCAGUGCAUCCAAAUCUGAAUCUGCUCAGAGAACACCAACAAAGUACAAUGACAGAUUUGACCACCUCUCACCCUGGAAAAGUCGAGACCGUGGCAAAGGACGACGUAAAAGAGGCCGCCGCUCUGUUCGUAAUAGGCAAAAGCCAGUCAAGAAUGUCAAAAAUGUUGCUAUAGAAAAAGUGCCUAUCCCCAGUCAGCAAAAAUGGAAAGAAGAUGAAGAAACAGCAGCAGCUCAAUUUGAGGCACCCGGUAAUGACAGUGAUCCUGGAACAUCAGGAUCUGAAGAUGAUAAUGGUCAAGCAACUGCUAAUGAUUAUGAAGAUUUAAUGGCUGAUGACUAUGGUGUUUUAAGGAAUAAAACUGAUCAUGUAUCGAACAGUGUUAAUUACAGUGUUGGUGAACAUUAUAUUGAACCUGUCUAUGGAGAUGAUGUUGAUGAUUAUGAGGAUGACCGUGAUGAAGAGGAUGAGGAAGAUGGAUUGGCCGAUGAAAAUGUCCAAAGAUACUUUGAUGCCGGGUCCGAGGAAGAAGGGAAUAGAUUUAUGGAUGGAGAACUUGUUGAAAACCUAAAUAAAGAUUCAGAAUCAUCAUCCGAGUAUAGUGAUUGAGAAUAGUUCAUGAACACUGCAGUAGUCACUAGCUAAGUUAAACCCACAGGGCAUUAUGGUUUCAUUUCUCCUAAUGAGUGCGAAAGAGAGGAAGGUCAAAGGAUAAAUUCAAUGCAGGUCUUCGAUCAGCGCUCUUGUUGGGAGCUACAGGAAUACGCUCGACAAGAAUCCACAAUUGUUGUUGUGAAAGCAUCAUUAGUUCUAUUCUAACUGUUAAUAGUCAGCAUGUAACUUGAAAAUAGUACAGUAGUUCCUCUUACACUAACAUAUGUAUCACAUCGUGUGUAAUCUAAUGUGGCAAUGCCGUGCAUAUGUUGUCUCAUUUCCAGUUCA